AUGGAGCUAGAGCCCGAGUAUGCGAGGGCCGCCAAGGAACUGGAGAAGGACGGGCUGCUGCUCGGGAAGGUGGACUGCGACGCUAACGAGGAGCUCUGCGACGAAGACCGCUGGGACAUAGCGGGGUUUCCCACGAUCAAGGUGUUGAGGGGCGGGGCAGGCGGGCCCAUCCACGACUACGUCGGGCCUAGGUCUGCGGCAGACAUGACGGCGUUCAUGCGGCAGGUGGCCGCAUUCCCCCACCCCGAUGAUGAGGACGAUGAUGACGACGAUGAUGACGACGAUGACGAGGGCGAGUUCUAUGACGACGAGGAUGAUGAGGACGAUGCGUACCGCCUCGUGGAGGAGGAUGGCGUCUUGGUUCUAGGGGUCCACGAUUUCGAGAGGGCGACCGACCGCUUCAUUAUGAUGCUGGUGCUGCUCUACACCCCCGGCUGCAAGGGCUGCGACGCUGUGAUGGAGGAGUACCUCGAGGCGUCGGACGAGCUGUACGAGUACCUUGUUCCCGCGGCUAAGGUACUGUAUGUGCAGGGGUCGGCUUGGAGGGUCGGCUUGAAGGGUCGGCUUGAAGGGUCGACUGAGGUGGACUGCUUCCUGCAGGCGGAGCUGUGCCAGCGGCCCCAGUGGAGCGAGGCCGCCUCCGCAGCUGCCGCCGCUGGCGGCGGCGGCGGCGGCGGCGGCAACGACACCGCUACACCUCCGGCGGAUGAUGUCGUCGUGAAUGGAAAGACGCCGAUGCUGUUCGUGAUUCGGAAGGGGGAGGUGUUCGGCUACGACGGGGACGCGGCCGCCUCGAGCGCUGCCGAAAUGGUGCAGUUCGUGAAGGUUGUGGCCGAGAUCGGCGGGGAUGCUCUCGCUGACGAUGACGGUGAGGACGAUGACGGCUUGGGCGACGACGACUACGGGGAUGGCGAUGAGGUGGACGAGAGCAGCGUGCUGGUGCUGGACCAGUCGAACAUCGACCAGGCGCUCGAGGACGCCGACGGGGUAGGUGGCGGCGCCCUCCUGCUGGAAUUCUUCGCCCCCUGGUGCGGGAAUUGCAACCGCCUCCGGCCGCGCUACGCCCGCGCCGCCGACGCGCUAAAGAAGGAAGGGAGCCCCGCUCGUCUCGCAAAGGUGGUGAUCUGCCGUUUUCUCGCUGUGGCCAAGAGAAAACAAGUGAAUGGACUAGUGAAAAAGAAGAAAAAGCGUUUUUGGGACGAAGUAGUGCAGAAGGCCAACGGAGGCCUGGAGGGGAACGUCAAGCAAAUGUGGGAAGGGAUUGGUGGAAUGGACGAUAGACGACCGACCGAGGUGUUGCUCCGUUUUCUUCAUCGCGCAUCGUCUUUCCCCCCCGUCAUGCGUCUUCCCUCCGCCAUCUCGCGUGUCUUGCUUGCAACUCUGUCCCCACCUUACCCCGAAAAGGUCGACUGCACAGCGAACGAAGACUUGUGCGCCAGCGAGCCGUGGGAAAUCACCAAGUACCCAACGAUAAUGCUGAGGAGGUUCGGCAAGCUGUACGAGUACGACCAGGCCCGCGAGGCGAGGGAGCUCGUGCGGUACAUGAAGAAGGCCACGGAGCCGGUGCCCAAAGUGAGAGGAGAGAGGCGAGGCCGAGGCGACCGUGAGGUGGUAAGAUUCUUCGAGGAGAACGAGGUGGCGGUGCUGGCGGUGCUGGAGAAGGAGGGUUCGGACGCGUACGUGAAGUUCAAAGAGGCUGCACAGGAGGACUUCGGCCGCGCCUACGGCGUGUCCUACGACGACGAGGUGGCCGAUAUCAUAGGAGCGGACAUCGGGAACAAGGUUGUUGUCUACCGACACUUCGACGACGAGCAGCUGUCGAUGCAGAUCUUCUCCUUCACGAAGAAGGACGACAUAUUGGCCUUUGUCAGGGGCGCCUCCAAGAAGCUGUUCCUCGAGAUGGGCUCGGAGGAGGCCAGCCAGGUUUUGAGCGAGCGUCCGCUGGCCAUGUUCGUCUUCACCGAAGACGAGAAGACACCUGGCGUGACGACGGGGCACAUGUUGAAGCUGCUCCAGGCGAUGGGAAAGGAGGCGCUCAUGGCGUCGUCGAAGAACAUGGCAGAUGCCGAUGGCGCUGACGCGACGCAGCAGCAGCAGCAGCAGCAGCCCGUGCGCGGAGAGUAG